AGACACCUGAGACAUUAGUAUUCACACAACGAGGAAGACCACCUGGCGACGCACCUAGAACUCGUCGUAUUGAUCGCCUGUCUCCGUUUUUUUGGCCUGAAGAAAGUUUUUCCUUUUAUAUUAAUUUGAUUUCAUGAGCUGAGCAAGAUGUUCGUCGUUAGACUUAUUCUCUUCUUAUGCCUUGUAGUGGCCGUUUUCGGACAGAUAACAACUACUGCGGCUCCCCCGGCUACUGCAGCUCCUCCGUCUACUGCGGCUCCCCCGUCUACUGGGGCUCCCCCGUCUACUGGGGCUCCCCCGUCUACUGCGGCUCCUCCGUCUACUGCGGCUCCCCCGUCUACAGAGCUUCCAGUCAACAGAGGCUCCCCCGUCUACUGCGGCUCCCCCGUCUACUGCAGCUCCUCCGUCUACUGCGGCUCCCCCGUCAUACUGCCGGCUCCCCCGUCUACUGCGGCUCCUCCGUCUACUGCAGCUCCUCCGUCUACUGCGGCUCCUCCGUCUACUGCGGCUCCCCCGUCUACUGCAGCUCCCCCGUCUACUGCAGCUCCUCCGUCUACUGCAGCUCCUCCGUCUACUGCAGCUCCUCCGUCUACUGCGGCACCAACACCAAAACCGGAGGCCACUACAACACCAUCAAAAUCAGAUCCCUGUGUCCCAAACCCAUGCAAAGGUGGCAGCAGCUGUCAGCCAGGCUAUGACUCCCACUUCACCUGUCUCUGUCUGACUGGCCAAAAAUACUCUGAGGCUAGAGGGCAAUGUGAGGAAGCCAAGGUCUUCCCAGGAUCUCUGACCCUGCCUGGUAUGGCCUUCAACGAAGACAUGACCAAACCACAAUCAGAAAGUUUCAAAAACACAACUGACAUUUUAAUUAAUAUGAUGGGGGAUGUUUUACGGAGUCAACAUGGCUACAUUGAUUCCACAGUGCUGAAUUUCAGCAAAAUGGCUACGGGUCCGGCUCGUACCUUCUGGUCACUUAAGUCAGGUGGCGUCAACGUGACCAUGGAGAACAAUUUUGAACUCUACUCCAACAUCACAGAAGACAUCAUCAAGGAAAAGAUACAGGGUGCUAUUAAAGCCUGUGACAAACCGCUUGCCCGUUGUUUAAAUAACCUACUUGGAAAUGCAGCAUACAAAGAAACCAAUCUGUGUGAUUCGUAUCGGAAACCUUGUGAUGACACGUCAACUACUUGUACUUCUGAGAGUGGUAUACCUAAAUGUAGCUGUCAGAACAAUUACGUGAAAUCGGAAUACUCUAUCAGAACAUGCAAAGCUUGUGAAAGUGGCAAGAAAGCAGAGGACGGUGUGUGUAAUGAUUGUUCAUUUGGUUAUUCGGGUUUAAACUGCAAUGAAUCAUGGAAGUUGAUGCUGGUGAUUGUCGGCACUGUUCUUGGUGCACUGCUACUCAUCACACUAAUCAUGCUGCCAGUAGUUGCACGCAAGACGUCCAAGAAGAGCUCCUCCAAGAAGUCCUCGAAGAACGCUGAGGUUCCUACCUACACCAGCCCCUAUAACGCCAAGGACUUCAGGGCAUCGGCUUUAACCAAUGGGGGGGUGACCAAUGUCAGUUCAGGUUUUGUAGGUGUACCCAAGAUCCCCCGGGCCAUGCCCAACAACAACAGCUUGGACCGUGGCAGCAACCUGGAGAUGACGGAGAGCGGUAGCAGACAGGCACUGGUGACCAGGGGAGACAAAGGAGGGAUUGGCGGCUACCAGAACCCUGAUGACACAAGGAGCUUCAACAACAGGAACCCCUACCAGAGCGGAGGUCAGGGCAACAACCCCUACCAGAGCGGAGGUCAGGGCAACAACCCCUACCAGAGCGGAGGUCAGGGCAACAACCCCUAUCAGAGCGGAGGUCAGGGCAACAACCCCUACCAGAGCCGAGGCUAGGACAACCCUUACUUUACACACGACAAUGGAAGAAGAAACUGAAGACCCACUGGAACAGUCAACUAAGGAAACCAUUUUCUUCACAACACAAAUGCUUAGAAAUCAGAAAGCAAUAACAAUGUUUUUUAAAUAGUCCUACUUGUGAUUCCUCCCAAUGUUCUACUCAACUUUUAUGCACUGUGUAUCAAUCUUUUUUUUUGUACAAUAGAUGAUAGUUGAGUUGCAGUGUCCAUUCUGUCCAAGAGUGGGCGGUGUAUCCAAGCUCCUGAAAUUGAUGUAGCCAAAAGGCAACUAAUGUAUUGUCGCUCAGUUUUUCUUAUGUUUUUAAGUAUGAGUUAAUCCAUUCUCAUGUCCUGAUUAUAUUGUAUAACUGUAAUUAAUGUAUUUUCUAAUAUCAAUCCAAUACUGUAUUCAUGUGUGAUACAUGACGGCCUAAUCUGCGACUCAUGCAAAUCUUACAUUAACAUCAAUGCAACAAUGCAAGAUGUUAUAACAUGAAAGGCCCAAGUUUCGCGUGCUAAAUCAUCAUUACAUUAUGAUUGCAUGGGUCUGUCAUUUUAAAUGUUUCUUGUUAAUUUAUUUGAAUAUGGACGAACCCAGUUAAAUUGAUGUUAAGGGAAUUUAUUGGUGUGGUUCGCCAUUAUCUAUUUGAUCUCUUGUACAUCUAGAUCAGGGUUUAGAAAUAGCAAAUAAUGCCUUUUAUCCUUAAUGUGCCAUCUUAAUACAUAUUGUAUAUGUAAUAUAAAUAUAGUCAAAUAUAAAUAAACAGAAUGUGUGUAAAAUUGUUCAAUGAUACACACAGUUCAGUAUGAUGACUUUUACACAAUACAUUUUGUAAAUGAGACUGGCUUCUCGAUGUUGGAAUAAAGAAAAGGAACAUAAAUCCAUUUUGAUUGUA